CGUGCCGAUUGGAAGGAAAGUAAACGUUUAACGAAAUACCAAAGCCAGGAAGAUGAAAUUAAAAGGCAGCAUCCUGCUUUGCUUUUUGCUGAUUUUACAAAGCACAAAGAUUCGACCUUUAAAAACAGAUGAAAACAGUUUGUGUACUAAGCCCGCGUCUUUUACGAAAGUCCUUGGCUACGUUCUUCUCGGAUUUGUGGUUGGUGAAAUGAGUGUGACCUCGUUCUUAGAAUGCUCAAUGAGAUGCGCCAUCGCUGUCAACUGUCUGUCUUCGAAUAUGUUGACCAACGCAGACGGAAGCUUCACAUGCCAAUUGAAUAAGGGGAUCAAGGAUAAUGAUCAAGGACAGUUCGUACCCCACCCAAAUGGAGAAUACCUCGAAUUUGUGGGAAAACAGAAACCUUGCAAAGAUGGCGAGACUGCAUGUGCUACCACCAGCAGUGCUAUCACAUCAUGGCAUGCUUUCAACCAAAGUUACUUUGCGUUGGUUGCUACCGAAGUCAAUUUCAAUGAUGCAUUGAAAUCCUGCCGUGCGAGAAAAGGUGACCUGGCUUCAAUAUCGAGCGAUGAAGAGCGCACGUUCCUUUUCAAAACAUUUGUAAACGGUGGAAAGUACACAUUUCUUGGUUUAAAUGACAUCGACCAAGAAGGUAGCUACGUCUGGACUGAUGGCUCACCUGUUACAUACGCCAGAUUUGCACAAGGUCAGCCAAACGGCGGCGCGGAAGAUUGUGUGGUAAUGUUACAUGACGGUUAUCUACAUGACAUACUUUGUAGCACGUUAAACUAUUUCUUCUGCGAAACAAACUACAACGUCCUCUAUCCAUAGACGCAACUUUAAAGAUGCAACUCUAGAACUCUCGAAGCGAACAAAACGUCACGCAAACGUGUAGUUCACCAGUCAAUCAUUAUAUAAACAAUGUUAGUUACACACAUGUAUACAUAGAAGAUCCUAGCUUUUAAAAUCUUACUGAUGAUUGCAGAUUUCAGAUUUCUCAUGACCCAACAUCGUACCCAGGGUCUUUUUACCCUGGGUACGAGGUUGCUCAUGACCAUUCUGACUAAGAGCGUUUUCAUUAGUUUUACCCUAAACAUUGCUAAUGUCUUUAAUGACUCUCUGCUCGACAGAAGGCACCCAUGUAAAAUUUUGCCACACUUAACUUUGUAUUAUAUAGCAACGGUUUUUACGUAUGAAAAUCGUGAAU